CACCGGUACCGACAGAAAACGACAGAGAAGACCUGCAGACCUGUCUUUUGUGCUUCUGGUUCUAAGUCAUCAACGCCCAAGGAUACAAUUGUAAGUAUUCAAUUUGAAGUUAAGAAUGUGAGCCACACAUUACACAAAUAUGACAAUUUAUAUGUAUAAAAGUAGUCCUAUCUACUAAGCUAGCAAGACUUGUCGGGAACUUACUGAACUUGUGUGAUGUAAAGUUUUGAUGAUACAUGGCAGUGUGUUAUUUUUUUAGUGUGUUAAUCAUGUAAACUCUAAUUUCAACAUCCAGGUAAACCAAUCUGUUGGAGCAUCCUCAUCCUCCUUGGCAAAUUUAAAACCGAAUCUUAGACUACCCCACUGGAAUAUCUUCUUCUAGUUUUGCUAGGUAGCUGCUCCUAAUAUGACUUGGAACUAACAUCUUCGGUCUUAUGAGCUUUCAGCCACACAUUGCCUGUCCAUCCACCAGCAAUCUGAUUUCAAUGAUUCUGUCCCACUCUCUGCAUACCAAAUAGAAGGAUUGCUGCUGUUGACUCCGAAGAGGUUCCUACAAGUGAGACAGAAUUGAGACUACUCAUUGUGCAAUGGCAGCUGAACCUUCAGAAAUGAUCCUCCGUGUCAUUGAGGCAGACCGUGUUAUAAAAUUAAAACUCAGCUCCCGGCCUAGCUCUGUUGACCAACUAAUCAACAUUUUGAAACACAAACUAGAAUUGGACAAUGACUUUAGCUUACACUAUGAAGAUCCAGAUUUUGAUGGGAAACUCACUUCACUAGUGGACAUUAACGAGUUGCCACAAAAAGCUGUUGUGCAUAUUUCCCUUUCAAAUGAUUCCAGCGCUGUUGCAUCAACUGAAACACUCUCAAACAUGUCAACACCGGAACGUCUUAGCAGAUGGCCUUCAGGUCCUUUUCCGAUUCCAUCGUUUUCAUUUGUUGUUGAGGUAAUGCUUACAGAAGGCAAUAGGGAAUUUGAGAAAAAUGGAACCCCUCUUCGGCUGGCUAGAGACCAAAAGCAUGACAUUCUUGAGCAACUUGCUUCUACGAUAUAUGGUUUUAAGGCUUACCCAAGUGACAAAGAGUUAGCUAAGGCAGCUGAAGCUCUUGUGGCCAAACAUCCAUGUUUAAAGGAAGCAGGAUCUGACACUGGAUGGAAUGGCUGGAAAAACAGCAUCAAGUUUAAAAUGGGUAACUACAGGACCAAGAUGAGAAGGGUCGGCUGUAAAGAGGUCACCGUAAAUGCUGGAAAAAGAAGCCGAAGAAACCCUGACAAUGAACCUUCACACACUAACAUCAAAAGGCCCAAGCGGGCAGAAGUUAACUUUCUGCCAAACUUUCCCCAAGGAGAAGAUUCCUCAAGUCUCGAACAUUUGAGGGAUCUUAUUGUUGAAGAAGUAAAGAAGACUGAGAGAAACCUUCCUCUCAUUAGUAAGAUGAUGCAGACCACAUUCGCCUUGCGGCGACAGACAAUAGUGAUGUCCUGCCCACCAGUGAAACAGCUCUUGGACCUGUGGCCUGCUCUUCGCAUGCAGUCUGAGGUGUUUGCAGAGUUCCAGCGGAUAACUAACCAGAACCUGUCUAACACAUUCUAUGCCGAACUUGAUCGCCACACUCCUCGUUUGAUGGCUUUAUUCCGACAAAAGGCUUCUAGAACUGGAAAGAAUGCAGAUGCUUUGGCUGAAAUUUUCAAAGUCCAUGAUGAACAGGUAUUACAUGAUAUCCACUCAAGGCGUACCACUGUUCUCCAUGCCCUUCCUGUGUAUCUGCGUGAAGAUACCUCCGGAUUUUUCCAAACAUGUGUGGAUGGUUUGGAUGAGCCAGGUUUUGGGGAUGCGUCAGUUGCUCUCCUUACAACAAUCAGCGACAAUUCAAUGAGUCGAGUUCACUACCAACCAGAGAAAAUCUCAGUUGUCCUAGAGGGUGAAGUGGUGGCCACCCUCCCGAGACUCGCUGAUGCCUUUCUGGUAAUGUUCGGCCUUACCUAUGCACUACAUCUCAGCUAUCCCAAAGGACUGACCAACACCUUCGAAUUUGCUCAGAAAAUUUUACUUGGUCUGGAAGAAUGUAAAUUGUCACCCAGACUGCAGUCGCUGAAGAAUGACUUGAUGGGACAUGUGUAGAACUGGAAGAUCUGAAAAGCAAUAAUGGAAUAAUCUGGCUCAUUCAGUUAAGAGCCUAAUCCAUAACAAAAAUAUGUUACUGUCUGUGUUAGCUGUUGUUCAACUAUUAAUGUUAAAAUUGCUGCUCUAUAAGCUGUCAAGCACUUGUUGCUACCUCACUGGUUUGCAGCCAGAUGGCACAGCGUGUGCAUAUGCAAUUUUUGUGUUUACUUUAAUUGUUAACUCUUCUUUUUGAUAUUGAAAUAUUUUUGUCCCAGUUUGUGAUGAAAAUGCAGAGCAUGAACGAAAAACAUGCUGAUGCCUUCUUGGUUACUUUUGGCCUCAUCUAUGUACCUCACAUUUCAGAUAUUCCAAAGAAUUGACCAAGACAAUUGAGUGCCUUAAAGAAUAGAGGACUCUGGAGUCUCACUGUUAAGAGCCACAACAUAAAAAUGUAAAUUGUCUGUGUUGAUUGAACUGUUCUACUGUUGAUGUUCAAAUUGCUGCUGUACUCUAGGUUUUUAGCCACCUUGCACAAAUUACACACUGACUUUGUAAUUUUACAUUUUAAAAUGAAACAUUGCCAUUUUUACGUAGAUGUUGAAGCAGUAUUUAUGGUCAAUUUUGUCCAUUCAAGCAAUAAUUUCCUCAGUGCUGCUAUAUUGAUCAAGAAAAAAGGAAAUGUUAUGGUCUUCUUCUCACAGAGCUAUGUAGGCUAUGCUCAUGUCCACAACAUCACUGUGACAUCACUAAUGCAGGAACAACAGAUUUAGCAGUUAGGGCGAUAUGGCACACACUAAGGAAUUUAUUGUGCAAAUUGCCUAUAUUUACCGGAAAUGCAGUGGCAAUGUUUCCUUUUAACAUUAUUGUGAAAUGGGUUGUAAUAAGAGUUAUGGUAGAUUUAAACCAAAAGUAGCUGCUGCCUUACAUGUAGACUAAAAGGUUUACAAAAAUGGCCCCAAUUGUGCCUUUGCAAUUGUUGUUUUUUAUGUAAAUGUGUCUGUUUGUUUUUAAAUAUUCUUUUUGUUGCAGUCUUUGCAAGACAACCUUUUGGAAGGGUAAAAAAGGCUAACUUUGAUGUUUGAAAUUGUACAAGUUGGUAGUACUAGUAGUUUUUGGAGUUUCAUAAAGUCAAUUGUUUUGAUUUGCACUAAAUGGAAAUAUUGGAAAAUAUACUAAUAAACAUUGAGUUUAUUGAACACAAAAAUACUUGGUGUCUAUACUUUAAACUAUUCAGUUCAGCUAACUUAUUGCAUUGAGCAAUGUAAAUACAUUUUUUGGAGUUACCGUUACUGAACAUUUGAGGUGGCUUAUGGAUAUUUUUGAGUAACUGUUACUGAAAACAUUUGAGUUUGCUUAUGGGUAUUUUUAAGU